AUGAAUUUACCACCGGUUUUCUGGAUUGGACUGAUCAGCCAAAUUUGCUAUGUGUUUGGCCAGACAGAUGAAAAUAGAUGUUUAAAAGCAAAUGCAAAAUCAUGUGGAGAAUGUAUACAAGCAGGACCAAAUUGUGGAUGGUGCACAAAUUCAACAUUUUUACAAGAAGGAAUGCCUACCUCUGCCCGAUGUGAUGAUUUAGAAGCCUUAAAGAAGAAAGGUUGUCAUACAGAUGACAUAGAAAAUCCCAGAGGAUCCAGAGACAUAAAGAAAAAUAAAAAUGUCACAAAUCGUAGCAAAGGGACAGCAGAGAAGCUGCAGCCAGAAGACAUCACUCAGAUCCAACCUCAGCAGUUAGUGUUGCGGUUACGAUCAGGGGAGCCACAGACGUUCGCACUAAAAUUCAAGAGAGCUGAAGACUACCCUAUUGACCUCUACUACCUUAUGGACCUCUCUUACUCCAUGAAAGACGAUUUGGAGAAUGUGAAAAGUCUUGGAACAGAUCUGAUGAACGAGAUGAAGAGGAUUACUUCAGACUUCAGAAUUGGGUUUGGCUCAUUCGUGGAGAAAACUGUGAUGCCUUACAUUAGCACAACACCGGCCAAGCUAAGGAACCCUUGCACAAGUGAACAGAACUGCACCAGCCCAUUCAGCUACAAAAAUGUGCUUAGUCUUACCGACAAAGGGGAGGUUUUCAACGAACUGGUCGGUAAACAGCGCAUAUCUGGAAAUUUGGAUUCUCCAGAAGGUGGCUUUGAUGCAAUCAUGCAGGUGGCAGUGUGUGGAUCAUUGAUUGGCUGGAGGAAUGUGACGCGGCUGCUGGUAUUUUCCACGGAUGCUGGAUUCCACUUUGCUGGAGAUGGGAAGCUUGGUGGGAUUGUGUUACCAAAUGACGGGCAAUGUCACUUGGAGAAUAAUGUAUACACAAUGAGCCAUUAUUACGAUUAUCCUUCUAUUGCUCACCUUGUCCAGAAACUCAGUGAGAAUAACAUUCAGACGAUUUUUGCAGUGACAGAAGAAUUUCAGCCCGUUUACAAGGAAUUGAAAAAUUUGAUUCCUAAGUCAGCAGUAGGAACGUUAUCUGCAAAUUCGAGCAAUGUAAUUCAGCUGAUCAUUGAUGCAUACAAUUCCCUUUCCUCAGAAGUCAUUUUGGAAAACAGCAAAUUGCCAGAAGGAGUAACAAUAAAUUACAAAUCUUACUGUAAAAAUGGAGUGAAUGGAACAGGGGAGAAUGGAAGAAAAUGCUCCAAUAUUUCCAUUGGAGAUGAGGUUCAAUUUGAAAUUAGCAUAACUGCAAAUAAAUGUCCAAAUAAGGAUUCUGAAACCAUCAAAAUUAAGCCUCUGGGCUUCACUGAAGAAGUAGAAAUUAUGCUUAAGUUCAUCUGUGAAUGUGAAUGCCAGAGAGAAGGUAUUCCUGCAAGUCCAAAGUGCCAUGAAGGAAAUGGGACGUUUGAGUGUGGAGCUUGCAGGUGCAACGAGGGCCGUGUUGGUAGACAUUGUGAAUGUAGCACUGAUGAAGUUAACAGCGAAGACAUGGAUGCUUACUGCAGGAAAGAGAACAGCACAGAGAUCUGUAGCAACAAUGGAGAGUGCGUCUGCGGGCAGUGCGUCUGUAGGAAGAGGGAUAAUACAAAUGAAAUCUAUUCUGGCAAAUUCUGCGAGUGUGAUAAUUUCAACUGUGAUAGAUCCAAUGGCUUAAUUUGUGGAGGAAAUGGUGUUUGCAAGUGUCGUGUAUGUGAAUGCAACCCCAACUAUACAGGCAGUGCAUGUGACUGUUCUUUGGAUACAACUUCAUGCAUGGCCACAAAUGGACAGAUCUGCAAUGGACGCGGGAUCUGUGAGUGUGGCGCCUGUAAGUGUACAGACCCCAAAUUUCAAGGGCCAACAUGUGAGAUGUGUCAGACCUGCCUUGGUGUCUGUGCUGAACAUAAAGAAUGUGUUCAGUGCAGAGCCUUCAAUAAAGGAGAAAAGAAAGACACAUGUUUGCAGGAAUGUUCACAUUUCAACCUUACCAAGGUGGAAAAUCGGGACAAACUGCCCCAGCCAGGCCAGGUUGACCCCCUGUCCCACUGUAAGGAGAAGGACGUGGAUGACUGCUGGUUCUAUUUCACAUACUCAGUGAAUGGAAACAAUGAGGCCGUUGUUCAUGUUGUGGAGACUCCAGAGUGUCCCACUGGUCCAGACAUAAUUCCAAUUGUCGCUGGUGUGGUUGCUGGAAUUGUUCUCAUUGGCCUUGCAUUGUUGCUGAUUUGGAAGCUUUUAAUGAUAAUUCAUGACAGGAGGGAAUUUGCUAAAUUUGAAAAGGAGAAAAUGAACGCCAAAUGGGACACGGGUGAAAAUCCUAUUUAUAAGAGUGCCGUAACAACCGUUGUCAAUCCGAAGUAUGAGGGGAAAUGA